CCGUCUGUGAGAUCUGGAGUGUACUGGCCAUUGCGGGAUGCGUUGCGGUAGGCAUGGAGACAAAAGUGAGGGGAAAGCACUAGGAAAAGGGGGGAAAAGUUGAUGAUUUCGAGGACUAGGGUUUGGUCGGUUUCUGAGCGGUAAGCGUGACGGGUAAAGAUCGCUAUCAGCUCAGCACUUAGGCAGCAGUGCUCCACAUGGUUUGGCCCACACUGACUUCUCCAAUCCGACCUUUUCCAGCCACAUGGCGGUUAGAAUGGAUUUUCUUUGCCAUAUGUUUAAGAACAGAGGAAUCUUGAAGUGCCAAUUUUGGAGGAAAUUGACCUUCAAGCGCAGCUGAGGGCCCUGUGGGAGAGUAGUAUUCUCUUGAGCAACCUGUGAAAGUAGCAACCAACAGGGUAUUGCUUGUGAAGGAGUCGCUUUGAGUGGAGAAAUGGAUCCAGAGACUGGAGGGUUUCCAAAAUCUCUGAAGGGUAAUUCUUGGAAAGCCACCUUGGUUUUAGCAUACCAGAGCUUGGGCGUUGUUUAUGGAGACUUGAGUAUAUCUCCCCUAUAUGUCUUCAGAAGUACAUUUGCAGAGGAUAUCAAACACUCAGAAACAAACGAAGAAAUUUUUGGUGUCCUCUCCUUUGUAUUCUGGACUCUUACACUUGUUCCCCUUUUUAAGUAUGUCUUCAUUGUUCUUAGAGCCGAUGACAAUGGCGAGGGGGGUACUUUUGCUUUGUACUCUUUGAUUUGUCGACAUGCCAAUGUCAGCCUUUUGCCUAAUCAACAGGUUGCAGAUGAAGAACUCUCUACAUACAAAUAUGAGUGCCCUCAAGAUACAGCAAACAAGUCAAGAAUCAAAGUUUGGCUCGAGAAGAACAAAAGACUUCAUGUUGCCCUGCUGAUUGUUGUAAUGCUCGGUACCUGUAUGGUAAUUGGAGAUGGAAUCCUAACUCCUGCUAUAUCGGUUUUCUCUGCAGUUUCAGGGCUCGAGUUGUCCAUGUCCAAGGAGCACCAUGAAUAUGCUGUGGUUCCUAUAACAUGCUUCAUAUUUGUAUGUUUGUUUGCACUUCAACACUUUGGAACUCAUCGGGUUGGAAUCCUCUUCGCACCAAUUGUUAUGACCUGGCUAUUAUGUUUAAGUGGACUUGGAAUAUACAAUGUUCUUCACUGGAACCCACUUGUAUAUCAAGCACUUUCCCCAUAUUACAUGUUUAAGUUCUUGAAGAAGACCAAAAAAGGUGGCUGGAUGUCUUUGGGAGGCAUUCUACUUUGCAUGACAGGAUCAGAGGCAAUGUUUGCAGAUCUUGGCCACUUCUCAUACACUGCAAUUCAGAUUGCUUUUACUUUCCUAGUAUAUCCCUCACUGAUAUUGGCAUACAUGGGCCAAGCCGCUUUCUUGUCAAUGAACCAUAGCCCUUCCACCAGUCACCACCCAAUUGGAUUUUAUGCAUCAGUUCCAGAAUGCAUAAGAUGGCCUGUACUGGUGAUAGCAAUACUAGCUUCAGUAGUGGGGAGCCAAGCAAUUAUUAGUGGAACAUUUUCAAUUAUUAAUCAGAGUCAAUCCCUUGGAUGCUUUCCAAGAGUCAAAGUAAUUCACACAUCUGAAAAAAUUCACGGACAAAUCUACAUACCAGAGAUCAAUUGGAUGCUUAUGAUCCUCUGUAUUGUUGUUGCUGUUGGAUUUAGAGACAUAAAGCACAUGGGAAAUGCUUCUGGACUGGCGGUCAUCACCGUGAUGCUGGUGACCACAUGCCUCACUUCCCUAGUUAUGAUUCUUUGCUGGCAGAAGCCUCCAUUGGUAGCUCUCGCAUUUCUACUCUUCUUUGGCUCCAUUGAGAUUCUCUAUUUCUCUGCCUCACUGAUCAAGUUUCUCGAGGGCGCCUGGCUUCCCAUUCUACUCGCUCUAUUUCUCAUGACAGUCAUGUUUGUUUGGCACUAUGCCACAAUCAAGAAAUACGAGUACGACCUACAUAACAAGGUCUCCUUGGACUGGUUCCUUGCACUCGGUGACAAACUUGGCGUUGUGCGUGUUCCCGGCAUUGGCCUUGUUUUCACCGAUAUCAUAUCUGGAGUGCCUGCUAACUUCUCGCGCUUUGUCACAAAUCUCCCCGCAUUCCAUCACAUCCUGGUCUUUGUUUGUGUCAAAUCUGUUCCUGUUCCAUUUGUGCCUUCUUCUGAGAGAUUCCUUGUCGGGCGUGUCGGACCGCCCAGUCAUCGAUCUUACAGAUGCAUUGUUAGAUACGGCUACCGUGAUGUUCACCAGGAUGUCGACUCUUUUGAAUCUCAGCUCAUUGCAAGUUUAUCCGACUUCAUACUACUCAAAGCACGAUCCAGUGCAGAAACAUCGAUCAAGUCAGAAAACAGUGAGAAUCAACUUACUGUCAUUGGAAGCCAUAUGUGCAUGCACUAUCCGGGUCACAGCACCCUACGGUUGAGCAAUGCAUCUGAGCACUCCGGCACGAGGAACACAAUAGAGUUGGCUCGUCCGAGUGCGGGAAAGAAGGUCAGGUUUCUCCUGGAGGAAAAGAGUAACUCAGCUUUGGCCGAGGCCGAGAUGGAGGAGCUGGAGGAGCUACUGACCGCCCGCGAAUCCGGGUGUGCAUUUAUACUGGGGCAUUCUCACGUUCAAGCAAAGUCAGGGUCAUCCGUCAUGAAGAAGUUGGCCAUCAAUGUUGCUUACAGCUUCUUGCAUAAGAAUUGCCGUGGACCAGAUGUCUCUCUGCGUGUGCCUCCUGCAUCUCUUCUCGAGGUUGGGAUGGUUUAUGUUCUGUGAUCUAGUCGAGAAGGUCGAUCGGAGGAGGAACACUAACAGUGCAAAGAUCUUUUUAUGUGUAUGAGACUCGAUAGUUUUGUUGGGAUAUAUAAUCAUAAAGAAAUGUUCUAAUUUUAUUUGAGAAAUUUUUUAAUAAUAAUUCUUUGCGUGUUUCUUA